AUGUUUCGGCGGUCUGACGUUCUUGAAACCUUGCGCGAGGUGUCAGAGGAGCAGGGGGUGGACUUCUGCUGUUUUGGGGAUUCGGCGUAUCCCCUUAGCCGCUUCAUGCAGCACAUCUUGAAGGCUCCAGCGGAAGGGGAGCUCACGCGCCUGGAGAGGAGGUAUAACGCCCUUAUGGGCCGCUUUCGCAUUGUCAUUGAGAAUUGCUUUGGAGAGGCAACUCAAUACUUCGGCAUGCUGCAACACCGACACAAUCUGCGUUUGGGGAGCCAGCAGGUUGGGAAGCUCUUUCCUCUUGCGAUGUUCAUUUUCAACAUCCACACUCUGUUUUAUGGGAACCAGACAACAGCAUACUUCGAAGGGGAGCACAUGGUACUGGAUGUGUCUGUGGAGGAUUACCUGUCGUUGGCAGAUGAGUUUCAAUAA